AUGGAUAGCGCAUACGUAUUAUUCCAGGAAGCCGGCCUUACCGUAGAGACUCCGCCGACAGAGAAGCGUCGUCAUGACGCAGGCAACCGUAUCGAGUUUAUAUGGCUGGACGAAUUCUGUUUGUCCGACAUUACACAGCCGGAGGAUAGCCCAGAAAGAUCCAAAGAGCUCGGUCGUCUUGCUGAUAUCUUUCGCAAUGCGGCCCAGGUUGCUGUCUUCUGUCAUGAGGAGAAUUGCGACCAUACCUCCACCACGUGCAUCUGGGGCACGCGCCUCUUCACUAUCGGUGAGAUCCUCCAUGCCUCGGCGGUCAUCCGCCUUACCAGGCAACAACAACAGGGUCGCUCGCUUCCCCUGAGGACUUAUGCAUAUCGGGAGACUGCUCGUGCUUUUCGCGAGAAGAUGCAGACUCAGGCUGCGUAUGAUAACCGUUGGCAUUUGUACGCCAUCAUGCAACACUCGACCAAUGCCGGAUCGGUUUUUUGGCAGAAUGCCAUUCACGCACUCGUAGUUGAAGCUAUCACUCGAGACCUUGCGGGAGGAUUUGGGGAACACAAGUACCUCGGGAAGGCAUUGAAUGGAUUGUUACCUCGCCGGGCGCGGCUCGAGGAUCUGAAAGGAGAAGAUGGAUGGACAGAUCUUGCUUGGUUGUUGGAGUUGAACCAAGGAUUUUACAAUGCGGCGAGCUUGGCGGCGGUGUGCACUUUGGGGGAAGGCGGCUGGCUGGGUCCUCCUAUUCGACCUCUAGCAGGGAACGAACGACUAGAACCCAUUGUCCAUGCGUUUCCGGUACGAGUGACAGACGGCAUGGGGAUCAUAACACCGCUGUGUAUCAUCGGAAGUCAGACGGUAGGGCUGCGAGGUUCCUUAGAAAGAGAUCCCUUUGGGCUCUACAACAACAAGGACAUGCGCGGGCUCAGAUGGCUGUCUUGGUGCCUCCUCAUCCUGUCAUGGGUCAUUGGAUUGGCUAUGAUCAGCACAGGCUGGUUUGUUUUCCCAGCAGUUUUUUAUAUCAGCUCCUGCGUAUUCACCAUCUUUGAAAGGCAGUCGGAACGAUAUACUUGCAGCGUGAUGGGUGGAUAUUCCUCGACGACAGCAUCUGGGGAUCUGAACCUCAGCACCGCCUUGGUAUGCAAGACCCGAAACUCGCGGAGCUUAUCGAGUGGGGAGACCACCAGCUCAUCCCAAAUUGGAGCCAGCCCGAUGACACCGAGAAGAAACGGGCCAAAGGGACCUUAUUGGACUUGA